CCGUGAUGUUGUGAUAGACCAUGUCCCAAUUGCAACAGCUUUCUUCCAUGCAUUCACUCCCCGACAAGACCAACUCCGAGAUUCUGACACCUGUGCUUUGCAUCUCAGAUGAAGACUUUGCCUCCUUUGACAAGAUCUCCCUCUUUGCCCAGUACUCCGAGCCCCCAUGUGCCUGUCUGGUCAUGUGCAAGGCCUGGAUUCAGGUUAGGGUCACGCUCGAUCUCAUCCCUCACUCACCCACAAAAUCCAACCAUGUCCGGAGAGUCCUCGAAGCGCUCGAACCUGAUCGACGUACUCCUUCUAGUUCCUACUCUCAACUGCAUGCCAUCCUUGCGGGUCAACAGGAAGGCUCAGGGAUCGACCAAAUCAUCGAAUACAUAACCCCGCGCCUCGAACAGCUCCGCAACUUCUCUGCACCCUUCGGAAAACCCUCGGACGCGUCGAAGAAGAAAGUUGAGGGUGGCGCAGUCGUGUUGGACGACGGGGUGACCAUCCGAGUCGAGGAUGCGGACAAAGAGUAUGUGUGGGCUGUCAGCACGCGGUUCCAGAUCGACCAGGUGCACGCAUUGGUCCUGCUGCGCUCCUUCCUGUACAAUCAAGGCCUCCCGUCGAGCAUUGGCAGCAAGGUGGAGGGGGGCGACGGGAAGGACAGCAUUAUGGACGAGCUACUGGCGGCCAUCACCCCAUUCUUCCACUCCGAGCGUGUAGCGGUCCUACGGACCCUCCUCCCCAUCUUCCGCGCGUCAAGCCAUCCCGAAGACCCGCUCUCCGACUUUGCCUCCGCCUUCCUUCCAAAACUCUUCCCAGACGGAACCCAAUUCGCCGAAUCCUUGCUCGCAGAGUACGUCCGCAAAACGCGAUGGCGCGUCCCCCCCACUCUCGCUCCCCGCGAAGCUGCCCGGGAGGCCAAGCAGAACAGCAUCGAGCAGCUCAUUCUGCUCGAGGUCCUGUUCGUCACGGUAUGGGACUACGCGCCGUGCGACGGGCCACUCGUCACGAAAAUCUACGAAGCGGCGUACGACACGCAAGUGGGCGGGAUCCAGGCGAAUGGGCCGCUGCUGACGGACGAUGAGGCGGUGCAGCUGGCGCAGGACACGGCGUCGGUUUGGAUUCUCAUCAUGAUUGAGGUGCUGGAGCUUGAGGCGCUGGCGGAUCCAGAGGGUGCCAUCGAAAUAUCAGACACGCCCUCGGAUGAAGCCAAGGCUGAGACGUAUACGUCGUCUCCGAAGGCGCUCAUGCGCAUACAUGAAUUGGUUACGACGCACGAGGACGUUCACUACGCCUGUGUGUAUAUGGCGUGGGCGUUUGUCCUUUCUAGGCUAUCUGCGACUAUCCUCGCCAAAGGCGGGCCCGAUUCCAUACCAUCUUCGUACAAACCGUUCUUCGAGAAGAUCCUGCCGCAAAUCCAGCGCUCAUUUGCCAAAGAUCGGGAUCCAGUGCACUUGACAAUGGCUCGAGCGUGUUUGUCGCCCCAGGCCGGUCUGCUUGAAUUUAUGCUGGGAUUGUUGACCACGACGCCUAUCUUUGUGUCGAGUGUCGCAUGGAAAAGGGCGUCUCAUGUGACCGAUCCCAAUGCGUUGGCCUAUCGGGCGGUGUUCAAAGGACUGAUAAUAGCGAUUGUGGAGGUGUGCCCUGUCGAGGAAAUACCACAGUUCGAUACAUUUGUGGAUGUGUGGAUAGCACUAUUUGGGCGGAGCGAGAGCAAGUCCGUGGCCGAGAUAUGCGCACAGUAUUGGGAAUCUGACUGGCGCGUCUCUGAGGGCCGGCGAGCUAUCUUCAAUGUUGCGCGCGCGCGCUUCCCCGUCCAAUUCAAGCCCCUCAUCCGGCUACUACGCGCCAUGACCGGCAUGGGCUUUCUCGACACAGAUCCGCUUUGCGCCGAAGGUUCGAGCCGACAGUACCGACCCGCCUCGCAGGCGGGCGUCCGCGACUCCUGUGCCCGGCACGUGUUCUACUACCUGGACACACUGUCCAGCUACGCCCAAGUCAUCCCCGUGUCCAAAACUACCGGCGCCGGCGCCCUCUACGAGCGACAGCCGGAAAGAUUCUCCGGGGGCGGGAGACAUACACACACCCACAACUACGUCACCCAGCGCGAGAUCCGGCUGCCCGGAGGAUCGAGCUUGCGGCCGGGUACUACCGGACCGCUGAUGAACACCGACGGCGGAGAUAUGCUCGUCGUCUGCUGGCAGCAUGCGCAUUCGGGAUGGAAGAUGGUUCUCGAGGUCUUGACGCACUACGUGAACAAGCGCCAGGCGCAGUCGGGUGCGUACCAGGACGUGUCGUUCGCGCGGCAUCGGCAGCAGCAGCAGGGCAUCACUACGCUGAAGGUGGAGGACGUCGGGAUCGAGGCGGAUGGGAACGGAGUGGACGAGACGGUCGUGACCGAGGCCUUGAAUCUCGUUCAGAGCCUAAUCCAGCACAGCCCCGAGCAGGCGGAGCAGCUCAUGGUCGCUCUGGAGGCUGGGAACCCGGUAGUGUCGCACGUCAUGGCCGAGUCGCAGCCUCCGGAUCUGGUCCAGCUCACGACGACCAUUCUCGAGGAGGCCCUGUCUGCAUCAUCUUCGUCCGGCCGCCAGCAGACGCAGAUGAUCACAUCAGCCAUCGGUGUGCUGUCGGCUAUCCUGGCGCUGCCCCGCUACUCCCAUCGGGUCUGGCUGUACAUCCGCUCGACUGCGGCACUCUUUGGGUCUGGUAGCGGCGCUGCGGGAUUCGCGACGCAUGGAUUGGUCGCCGAGCGCGUCAGUGGCCGGUAUCCCAUGACUCUGGCGCUGCUCCACCUCGCGCACCAGCUGACGGUCCAAGCCUUCGCGUCCAUCGUACCAGAUAACGUGAAACUGCAGAAUCUCAAAGAAGAGGUGCUGAUGCGUGUGGUCCGGUUCCUGCACACGGAAGUUUGGCUCGAAUAUCCCGGGUGGCGAUAUGCCGUCAAAGCAGAGAGCUUUGAUAUCGGGCGGCUGAUCAUGGCGGUCCAUGGAGUGAUCUUGGAGCACGCUGCCCUUCAAAAUGCACCGUUCCCGACCCUGCUCGAGACGAUCCGUGAUCUCUGGCUCUGGAAGGCGACGACGUCGACGAUCAGCCCGCUCAUUUCGUUCAUCGCGACCGGUGUCUCGAUGCUGUCGGCGCUGUACGAGGCGCGCCUGAUGAACGACGUCCGCCGCCUGGUCCUCUCGCUCUCGACGCAGCUGCGCACCGCGCGGCUCGCACUGGAGCUCCGCAUCGCGUCGAAAUCCACCGCGAUCAGCCUGCUCGAGCAGGCGUUCUGCAGCCGAGUCACCGCGUCCUCAUCCUUGUCCACGUCCUCGUUCAGCACGAAAACGGAGCCGAUCGACGUGCUCGCGUCGUACGUCAAGAACCGGAUGAUAGGGACGGCCGUGCCGCUCGAAUCGACGCGCCUGCUCACCGCCAUCUGCCUCGCCUUCUCGCUCUCGUCGCCGGCACCCGGCUCGAUCAUCGGCCAUGUGAACGAUGCGGAGGCGACCGUCGGCGCCUUGGUCCGCAUCGUGCGCGAUCCGUACGAGGAGAUGGCGCUGCGCAGUGCCGUCUGGCGCCUGAUUGCGGUUGCGGUGCAGCGCGACCCGGCGCUGGGCAUGCUGUUCGUCGUCGGCAAGUUCGUGACAUUGGGGGGGAAGAGGGACUACAAGGGAAAGGGCAAGGAAACGGAAAAGACUGCGGGGGACGACGACGACGCGGAGGAGGAGAAAAGCGCGUUGAGCGUCGCUGCGAACAUGCUCGAGAGCGGGAGCGAGCUGUGGGAACUCAAUCCACAGCUCCUCGCAUGCGGGCUCCGUUUCCUCGAGAUCGUGUGGCAGCGCGGCCUCGAACACCGGGCCGCCCUCGACGCUCUGCGGCAGGACGCCGGGUUCUGGGAACGCAUGGCCGGGCUGGCUACCUCGGAGCUCGGGCCGGUCCCGGAGUACACCCAUCUCGGGCCGAACGACAUGACUGACAACGACGACGACGACGACGACGAGCAGCAACAGCAUUCCUCCGCUCAGCACGAUGCCGUGGCUGCGCAUUCGUACCGCACGGUCGUCAGGGCUUAUGCGCUCAAGAUCUUCGCGCACGACAUCGCGAUGGCGAGCGACAGCCAGAAACCACUCAGCUACACGAAGAUCGAGCCGCGGCUCAAGUCGGAGGACGAUUUCACGGAUCUGAUCGCCGAGUCGUCGCCGAGCUGGUACGACCCCGCGCUCUACGACGAUCUGACGGAGCAGCUCCGAAGCAAAUGCCCAUCCCUGACGCUGGAGGAUGUGCGCGCGCCCGACGAGGAGUCGCGCGACUACGGCGACAACUUUGCCUUUGACGUGGCCCUAUUCCGGACCCGCCUGGAAGCCUAUGCGCAAGCCAAAGACCCGUUGCUGAGCGAGCUGCAGGUGGUCAACAUGAACCUGUCGCUGACACAUGCGCAAACAGCCUUGACCGAGUCGUGCAGCGCCUUGCUGGGGCGCUGUGUGCCCUUCCUCCGCAGCAGCGCGCUGGCAAUGGCCAGCGCCGCGUCUGUCUCGUACGACAUCGCGGCGGAGAGGCGGUCAGGUGACCUCAUGGCGGCGAUCCACGGCACGCGUCUGUCGCUGCUGCUCGCCCUGCUCGAGGUGGCGUGGUUCGACGGCAAGGACUCGUCGACGGCUUCGUUUAUCGAGUUGGUGGAGAACGUGCACGGGAUCAUCCGCAACGAGGCGCAGCCGCCUGCCCAGUCGUUCGUCGGGGAGACCUCGACGCCGUUCCACCGGACCCUGCUGCUGAUUCUCUACUUCUGCGCACGCAACUGCGGCAUCCUGAUAAAUCGACCGAAGGCGCUCAAUGCUGACCAACGACUGAAGAUCACCGCGCUGGUGGAUGCUACGUUGGCGCUGGUGAUUGACGCGCUGAGCGUCGCAUUCGUCUCCGGCCAGAGCCGCGGCGCGGAUCCCGAGCUCGACCGGGAUAUGCAGUUUCUAGUAGCUGUGUUUGAGCAGUGUGUCGUGAAGCUGGAGACGUCCAGCACGCUGUGGCUCGUCAAGUGCCAGGAAACGGACCUCAUCCGGAUCAGUCUCGAGCUGUUGACGCGGCUCGAUCUGUCGGGGCUGUCCGACCUGAAGCAGCCGCUGUACGUGCCCCACGUGCUGCUGUUCCACAUGACGCUUGCGGCGAUCCCCUCUGCCGCCGAGCGCUUCGCCAGCGCCGGUGUCCUCUCCGCGUACUCGAACAACUCGCUCAGCGCAGCGCUCUCCGCCGGCGCCGUCGAUGUGACGCUCUCCGAGUUCCCCGCACAGCGCAGUCCGGCGCACGUGACAUACUGCACGAUGCUGUCGGUCGUGGCGGGGGUGAUCACGUCCCUCGGCCGGUGUCCACAAUUCGCAGCCGAGGCGAGCGGCAUGGUGCUGACAUUCGGCGAACAGGUCGCGCGCGCACUGAGCUGGACGGUGGGCGAUGCGAUCAGCCUGGGUGCGCUGGAGGAGAUGGAGGCCGUCGUGGCUGUGUUCAGCGCCAUUGCGGAGAGCGGGUACAAGGAAGUCGAGGUCUUCUCGCGGCCCGGGCUGCGGCUGCUGCAGCAGCUCAACUACGCGAUCACGCACCCGAACCACCUCGCGACGCUGAUUGAGCCCAUCACGGUCGAGGAGCGGGCGUGUCUCGAGAAGGAUGCCGCGGGCAUGGACCCGCUGAAGCGGCCGCUGGUGGCGCAUCUGAUGCACCGGCUCUUCCGGCUGUCGAGUGUGGUCCUGAGCACGCUCGUGACGUCCAGCCGGGCCUACAGCGUCUUGGCCUCGAGCGAUGCCGUCGGCGAGGCCCUGGUCGUUCCCCACACCAAAAUAGUGCCCGGCGAGAUCGCGUCGAUGGGGACGCUGCUCGAGCUCGGGAACACGACACUUGACCUGCUCAAAGACCUCACGGCGCGUCCCGCCGGCCAGACGCUGACCCCGGGCCUGCCCCCCACGGUCGCAAGCCCGGUCGACGUGAAAGACGCCGCGCUCGUCGCCCGCGGGACCCUCGAGGCCGUGCUCCUCUACGCCGCGACCCAGCUCGCGCUGUGGCUCAGCAAGCCCGACCCCGACUUCGAGCACGACGAGACGAUGGAGGCGCCGCCGCCGUCCGAGGCGGAGAGCGCCGGCCGCCGCAUGCGCCGCGGCGUCACCGCCGAGAUCACCACCGAUCUGCACGCGCUGCUCAACAAAGCCAAGCUCGUGCUCGCCAAAUGCGACGCCUUCGAGCAGGGCGUCGACCUUACCGGCGUGUUGUCCACGUUCAUGCUCGAGAGGAUAGGGGUCGCUUAGUCUAUACCGUGGCUUAUAUGUAUAAUGUGAUGUGUUUUUGUUUUUCC